AUGUUGAUGCAGUUGCAUAUCAACAUCCCACUUUUAGAGGCACUUGAGCAAAUGCCUAACUAUGUGAAAUUCAUAAAAGAUGUUCUUACAAGGAAGAGAAGGUUAGGAGAGUUUGAAACCGUGGCUCUAACCAAAGAGUGUAGUUCAUUUCUACAAGACAAGUUGCCACCAAAGUUGAAGGAUCCUGGGAGUUUCACUAUUCCCUGUACUAUUGGAGAUACUUAUUGUGGGAUGGCUUUAUGCGAUUUGGGUGCCAUCAUUAACUUGAUGACAAUGUUUGUUUUCAAGCAAUUGGGGAUUGGAGAAGUUAGACCUACUACAGUUACUCUUCAACUUGCAGAUAGAUCUCUUGCUCAUCUAGAUGGGAAGAUUGAAGAUGUGUUGGUGAGGGUAGACAAAUUCAUAUUCCCUGCUGAUUUUAUUGUGCUAGACUAUGAGGUGAGUAGAGAGGUGCCCAUUAUCUUGGGGAGGCCAUUUCUUGUGAUAGGAAGAACUUUGAUAGAUGUGCAGAAGGGUGAGCUUACUAUGAGGGUCCAAGAUGAAAAGGUGACUUUUAAUGUUUUUAAGGCUAUGAGAAUUCCUGAUGAGGUCAAGGAAUGCUCAGUGGUUUCAAUGGUAGAUUCUUUGGCAUCAAGGGCGUUUGAGACUAGUAAUGUUGAUGAUCCAUUAGAGAGAUUAUUGUUGUUUGACUCUCACAAUGAUGAAGAUGAGGAGGAGUACUUAGCUUGGUUGGAGGCUAAUUCUCAAGGUUUAAGAACAAGAGGCCAAUUUGAUUCAUUUGAGUUGUCGUCUAGGGAGUUCAAAGCUCCUAAACCAUCCAUUGAAGAGCCACCUAAGUUGGAGUUGAAAGUCUUGCCAUCACAUUUGCGAUAUGCCUACUUGGAAAAAACCCUCUUCUUUCCAGCUGUCAUUCCUAGCACUCAAGAAGUUCAGGUGUAA